UUUGGAGAUUAAGGGGCGGCAUUCGGCAAUGUCUUUCCACGAUCGAAUCACGAAUUUGCCGAGCUUUGACGAGCUACCUCAGAUUGAUGAUUUGCCGAAGGGAUGUACGUGGGGGCUGUGGGAUAAAGAUGGCAAGAAAGACGAAUUGGGGACGUUGAAUCUUUUGACGCCUGAAGUGGUCAAGGAAGCUUUUAAAGAGCUGUCUGAAGGCAUUAGUGUUUGUUUAACCUGGUCCCUAGACAAACCCAACGCGCCCAACUUCCACCGCAAGCCCCUCGACCACAAACUCAUCGACCACAGCACCUUCAGCCCCUACUCCGGCUUCGACGACGAGGUCCACCUCAACACGCAAUGUAGCUCGCAAUGGGACGGGCUGCGGCACCACAGCCAAGGCCAAACAAAGCUCUUCUAUAACAACGUCAAGAAAGACGAAUUCGGUACCUCGAACGUGCUAGGAAUCGACCGCUGGUCCACGCGCGGCGGCAUCGUCGGCCGCGGCGUCCUCAUCGACUACGUCGCCUACGCCGCGCGCCACAACAUCGCCUACUCGGCCGUCGAGUGCCACUCCAUCACGCACACGGCGCUCGAGGCCGCUGCGCGCGAGCAGGGCGUCGCGUUCAAGCAGGGCGACAUCCUGCUCGUGCGCAGCGGCUUCACGAAGUGGUACAACGAGACGCCCGACGCGAAGGAGCGCGACCGCGUCACGAGCUCGCAGUUUACGUUCGCGGGCGUGACGCCGAUGCCCGAGAGCGUGCGGUGGAUGUGGGAGCGGCAUUUUGCCGCCGUGGCGGGGGAUGCGCUGGCGUUUGAGAGCUUGCCGUAUCAGGAUAAUGGGCUGUUGUUUCACGAUUUCUUCCUCUCGCUGUGGGGCACGCCGAUCGGCGAGGCGUGGGAUUUGGAGAAGCUGGCGGAGACGUGCGAGAGGUUGGGGCGGUGGUCGUUUUUGUUGACGAGUGCGCCUUUGAAUGUGCCGGGUGGUGUGGCGAGCCCGCCGAAUGCGAUUGCAAUAUUUUGAAGGUUGGUAAAGAGGUUGGUUGGUUGUUGGAAUGUAAAUGUUACUGUAGUAGUUGAUUAGUUCUCGGAGUGAUCACAACGUAGACUGAAAAGGAGCUUUUGUUGAAGCAACUCGAGAAGGGCUUUAAGGAGAGCAAACAGCUUGAGCAUCAGGGCCGAUUUUCGAGCUGUGAAGUUAACUUUUUACAAGAGUCCUGAUUCCUGAGUAUCUUCACUGCCGUUUUGUCUACGGUCUGAUUUCUACGUCGAAAUCUAUACCAAUUGGCAUCCAUCC